CGUUUCAGGUUUCAUUUUCCUCAGGCGCUGGCGAAUGGCUGUGAUGAGACUUUGCUGUGCACGAACGAGACAGCUGGAAAAGUUUAGUUUCUGUUAAGAAUGACGCAUCACAAAACUUCGUGUUACGUUUCACCUUCAGUUCAUACCGUCACAUCUUCAUCUGUUCUUCAUCGAAGCACAUCGAGGGAUCCGAGUUCUGUUUCAAAGAUGGGAAUUUGGUUGUCAUGGAAACUGAUAGUUGCGUCGAUUCUUUGUCUGACAAGUUUGGCUUCAUCGUCUGAGCCUCGCGAGGAUCAACCGCCGAUUAAAAUUUCCUCCGUGCAAUUCGAGUCUGUUUGUGUCAAUAUUUACGACAGUCAAACCACUUCAAACAACAAGAAUAUCUAUUUCUACUCGCCAAUGGCUCUGCUAAAUCAAAAGAAUGUCGUUUCCAUUCACAAUCAAACGGUCACACAGGGAAUUCUCAGUGUCAGUUUUACAAUUUGGAAUCAAGAAGUCAGAAACAAAGUAGUCCAACACCUUUCCCAGCUCCUCAGUCAACAGAUCGAGCCCAGUCAAGUGAAAGUCUUUCCUUUCGACAGUGUCAGGCUGACCAGCAAAGUGCAAUCUCCUGAUUUCUCACUGACUAAUGAGUGGCGCCUGUAUGACAAUCAGCCGUCACUCAGGUUUACCUUGAUCUGCCCGACAAAGGAAGAUUGCGGUCGAGUGAAGACUCAAAUGCAAAAUUUCCCUAAACAAUUUGAACAUUUGCAACUUGAAUUUAAUCCUAAACUGAACGACGAUGAUUGUGUUAAUGACGGGGUUAUAUCUGAACAAAAUGAAUUGCCAGCACAAGACAACAAAGAAACAAUGGCAAAUUUUGAAGCUAAAUUUGCGAAAGAGCUGAUCGCCAUUAGGGAAGAAACUAAAAAGGAAUUUGCAGCAAUCUCACAGAUGUUUUCAGAUAAAAUAAAAAUCACUGAAGAAAAUCUAGCAGUGGUACAACAAAAGUUGGAAAUUACCCAAAAAGAGUUGGAUGCCACCAAAACAUUAUUGACCUCAACUAGGAUCGAAUUGAGUCAAACGAAAUCCAACGUCGAUGACCUGGCGAGCAAAUUAAACGCAAAUUCGCAACGGUUGAACGAACUAACAGAUACCGAAGACAAUCUGAGAAAAGAACUGAGCGCAACCUUGAAUCUUUUGGAAACUACAACAACAAAUUUGGCCUCAACAACAUCGAGCACAAAUGCGGUCAUUGCCGAUUUGACAACAAAAUUAAAUGCCCGAACGAGUGAAAUAGUUGACAUUGGUAAAAUGCCAACAUCGUGUGCGGAUCUACAGCGGACGGGACAUAAACUGAGCGGAUUCUUUUCUGUCAAAGGAGCGAAGAAGAUGGAAAUGAUUUACUGCAAUUUUAAUGCCAAUCAAAAUGACAAACAGAAAUGGAUCGGAUACGCCGACGUCAAAUCAGCGCCCGUCCAUUUCUACGUCCAGAGAGAAUUUAACUUCAACCUAUUGGACACUCCGAUUACGUACAAUUUGGCGCGGGUGAACGAGGGAAAUGCCAUGGAUUUACCAUCGGGAAUAUUCACGGCACCGCGACAAGGAACUUAUUACUUUGCCUUCACAGCGCUGGCGAAAUUUUCAGCUUCAUCAUCUCUUCUUCAAUUUAAAGUUUUUCAAUAUCUGAACGGGGGUCGAAUCGGGACGGGUUACGUUAGUGAGUCAAACACCGACGUCAUUCAGUUUAGUCAGAUGAGCUACCCGUCGACGCUGAGCUUGGUAAAAGGCGAUCAAGUCUGGAUGGAGAUUGGUUUGUUAUCACCACAAGUGAGUCUGUUUGACGACAUUUACCACUUCACUCAUUACACGGGUUUCAUGUUGGAGGAGGAAAUUGUCGCCUCUCUUUGAGUGUUGACCCGAAAUUUGCAAAAUCGUGAUCGAUGACUGAUACUCGACACGAAAUUUUUUUUUUUUUAAAUUUGAAUUAUAACGGGGAAUGGAAGGGAAUUCAAUAAGUUCUUAUUCAUCAAGGGGUGGGUAUUUCUUCUCUCUAUGUACGCAAAAUAUUAACUGUGUUUGCGAAUGCGAACUUACUGAAUACACACACAGAUUUUCAA